CGAGUUGUCACAAGUUAGGCAUUUCUCCGGUUCGAAAUUCGAUCGCUGCAACUCUGCUACCACAGCCAUUGGAGCUGGAUCUGGAAGCUCUGGUGCAGUAGCAAUAAUGAAGGAGGUGAAGAAGAAUAUGAAAACGAAGCCACACUUUUGGAGAUGGGCAGUAGUAUCAGUGAUCUUCAGAUUAGUUCUCAUUUACUUCCCCAAAAACCUUAACUUAGCUACUCGUCCAGAAGUUUCCACUCCGGUCACCAGCCUCCGCCGACUGGCAGAAGGUUACUGGUUAACGCAGUUAUCGAUGUCGCCAUAUGCCGGUUCCAUGUAUCACGGUUCUCCGCUUUUGCUCUCGGUUCUCGGUCCGCUUACAAUGAAAAAAAUUGAAGGACAGCCUUAUCAUCUUCUGUGCAGUUUGGUUUCUGUGAUUGCAGAUUUCAUCUCUGCCAUGCUAAUCCGGGCAACUGGCCUUAAACUUCGCAUGGCAUAUUGUGAGAGAUUAAAAUCGCUGGGUUUGGGGAAGCUCUUUGAAGUUUCUGAGAUUCUACCAUCCGAGGACAUUGCUGCUCUUGUGUACUUGUGGAACCCUUUAACCAUUGUCACGUGUGUGGGUUUCAAUACAACCCCUGUGGAAAAUCUUUUUAUUAUCUUGUCACUUUAUGGAGCCUGCAUCCGAGUAGUCCCAUUGGCAGCUUUUGGGUGGGUUGUAGCAUCUCAUUUGUCUCUCUAUCCGACAAUUCUGAUUAUACCUAUAAUCUUACUGUUAGGUAAUGGUCCAGAUGCAGCCCCAAGGAAAUUGUUCCUGAUGUAUAAGAAAGAUGAAGACGACAGGUCGAGUAAAGGCCGUGGCUUAUCAGACCAAAAAAGCUUCUCAUGGAGACCAGUUGGACUCUUCUUUGUCUGGGUUUUUAUUUGGACCUUAUAUACAUUGGUUCUGUGUGGCAUCUUUAUGAAAAACUAUGGUGGCCUUUCAGAAAUGUUUAACAGGACCUAUGGGUUUAUUCUUACUGUCAAAGAUUUGUCUCCAAACAUAGGUGUCUUGUGGUACUUCUUUGCCGAGGUCUUUGAAUUUUUCAGAGAUUUCUUUUUGAUUGUUUUUCAUGUGAACAUCCUUUUCAUGAUACUUCCCCUAGCCAUAAGGCUAAAACACCGACCGUGCUUCUUGGCUUUUGUUUACAUGGCAAUCUGUUCAAUGCUUAAACCCUAUCCUUCAGUUGGAGACUCAGCUCUGUACUUGGCUUUGUUAGCUUUGUUUUUCAAUGAGUUAGCAGAAAUGCAGUUUUCCUUCUUCCUCUUCUGUGGAUAUGUUGGAGUUUCCCUUCUUAGUCCUGUGAUGCACAACUUGUGGAUAUGGAGGGGUACUGGCAACGCCAACUUUUACUUUGCAACAGGAAUGGCUUAUGCUUGCUUCCAGAUUAUAUUGGUUGUUGAGAGUGUGAGUGCCAUGUUGAACCAUGACAGAAAGAUCAAAAAGUUGGUUGCAGCUACAUAAGCUUGAGAUCUAAACACUAUAUAAGAGUGCAAUCCGAUCAUACGCCAGCAUUUUUGGGCCAGACAGAUCCAUAUUGCAGUUGGUUGCAGUUUCUUUUGAUCAACUCCUUUGCAACUUAACUGGGUCUGAGUUUACUUCCAUGAUGAGAGUUUCUGCUGAUGGCCAUGGAAUGGCCAUUUAAUGGACGUGUCCUACUGUUUAUUGGUGUACACGUGAUAACUCAUACCAAAUCAUUGAAUUCUGGCUUUUACACGAAAGUUGUAUACUAAUGUAAUCUCUCUUUUUUGUUUGCAUGAGUCCUGGCUUCUUUCCAACUGGCAGAUGACUUGCCUGGUAAAUCAGCAUGUUCUAACACAUGUUUUUUGGUGUAUGUAUUUCAUAUUCGUUACAGACCAAUUGGGGCUAGCUAACAAAUACCACUAUUUUUUGUUUUGAA